AUGAGAAAUGGCCCCGGAGAUAAAAGGCCCGGAGCAAUUUGCGAGAAAACAAUUGUGCGAUACGAAAAAGAGUGUGUGGAGACGGAGAGAGAAGUGUGUCAGGGCAAACACACGCCUCGGCUGAGACACGGUAACGCGGUUUAUGUGGAGCACGCCGUGAGAAUGUACUAUGCGAUCUGCUGCCAGCCGCUGGUCUACAGGAACAAGAUGACGCCGCUGCGAGUGGCUCUGAUGAUCGGGGGCUGCUGGUCCAUCCCCACGGUCAUCUCCUUCCUGCCCAUCAUGCAGGGCUGGAACAGCAUCGGCAUCAACCACCUGAUCGAGGAGCGCCGCUACAGCGAGGGCAGCAACUCCACCUCCUGCGUCUUCAUGGUAAACAAACCAUAUGCGCUCACCUGCUCGCUGGUGGCCUUCUACAUCCCCCUGGUCCUCAUGGUGCUGGCCUACCAGAGGAUCUACGUCACGGCCCGAGCCCACGCCCUGCAGAUCUCCAUGCUCCAGCGGGCAGGAGGGGCCAGCGCCGCCGUGGACCAGGCCGACCACCAGCGCAACCACCGCAUGAGGACCGAGACCAAGGCCGCCAAGACCCUGUGCAUCAUCAUGGGCUGCUUCUGCCUCUGCUGGGCGCCGUUUUUCGUCACGAACGUGGUGGACCCGUUCAUUGGCUACACGGUCCCGGAGCAGCUGUGGGCGGCGUGUCUGUGGCUGGGCUACAUCAACUCCAUGCUGAACCCCAUCCUCUACGCCUUCCUCAACAAGUCCUUUCGCCGUGCCUUCCUCAUCAUCCUGUGCUGCGGCCGGAAGCGGUACAGGAGGCCGUCCAUCUUGGGCACGGCGCCGGGCGCGGCCACGCAGAUCAACGGGUCCACGCACGUGCUCAAUCAGAAGUUGAGAAUCGUGUCUAAGUCUGAACCAGAGCGAGGGGGCGGAGCCUAUUCUCAAAGAGGACAAUUAUGCCUCAGCUCCAAGCCCAGCUCUAAGCCCAGCUCUAAGCCCAGCCCUGACUCCGGCCCUGACCUCAGCCAGAUGGACAGCCUGUGUCUGCGUUCGCUGGAGGGCUUCGUCACCGUGGUAACAGCCGACGGAGACAUGAUCUACCUGUCACAGAGCAUCAACAAGUACAUGGGCCUCACACAGGUGGAGCUGACCGGGCAGAGCAUCUUCGACUUCACUCAUCCCUGUGACCACGAAGAGAUACGAGACAAUCUGAGUCUGAAGUCGACUGGAGGAUUGUCCACAGACAGAGGCCUGAGCACACAGAGAGACUUCUUUAUGAGGAUGAAGUGCACUGUGACCAGCAGGGGGCGCACUGUCAACCUGAAGUCUGCCAGCUGGAAGGUCCUGCACUGUACAGGACACCUGAAGCUGUACCCUGCCCCGCCCUGUGGUCCCUGUGCUCAGCAGCGCCCCCUGGAGCCUCCUCUGUCCUGUGCAGUGCUUCUGUGUGAGCCCAUCCCUCACCCGUCUCACCCGCUCUCCCCCCUGGACAGCAGCACCUUCAUGAGCCGCCACAGCAUGGACAUGACCUUUACCUACUGCGACAUCAGGUACUUCACCUACUGCAACAUCAGGUACUUCACCUACUGCGACAUCAGGUACUUCACCUACUGCGACAUCAGGUACUUCACCUACUGCGACAUCAGGUACUUCACCUACUGCGACAUCAGGUACUUCACCUACUGCAACAUCAGGUACUUCACCUACUGCGACAUCAGGUACUUCACCUACUGCGACAUCAGGGACAUGACCUACUGCGACAUCAGGGACAUGCCCUACUGCGACAUCAGGUACUUCACCUACUGCGACAUCAGGUACUUCACCUACUGCGACAUCAGGGACAUGACCUACUGCGACAUCAGGUACUUCACCUACUGCGACAUCAGGUACUUCACCUACUGCGACAUCAGGUACUUCACCUACUGCGACAUCAGGUACUUCACCUACUGCGACAUCAGGGACAUGACCUACUGCGACAUCAGGUACUUCACCUACUGCGACAUCAGGUACUUCACCUACUGCGACAUCAGGUACUUCACCUACUGCGACAUCAGGUACUUCACCUACUGCGACAUCAGGUACUUCACCUACUGCAACAUCAGGUACUUCACCUACUGCGACAUCAGGUACUUCACCUACUGCGACAUCAGGGACAUGACCUACUGCGACAUCAGGGACAUGCCCUACUGCGACAUCAGGUACUUCACCUACUGCGACAUCAGGUACUUCACCUACUGCGACAUCAGGGACAUGACCUACUGCGACAUCAGGUACUUCACCUACUGCGACAUCAGGGACAUGACCUACUGCGACAUCAGGGACAUGACCUACUGCGACAUCAGGUACUUCACCUACUGCGACAUCAGGUACUUCACCUACUGCGACAUCAGGUACUUCACCUACUGCGACAUCAGGUACUUCACCUACUGCGACAUCAGGUACUUCACCUACUGCGACAUCAGGUACUUCACCUACUGCGACAUCAGGUACUUCACCUACUGCGACAUCAGGGACAUGACCUACUGCGACAUCAGGUACUUCACCUACUGCGACAUCAGGGACAUGACCUACUGCGACAUCAGGGACAUGACCUACUGCGACAUCAGGGACAUGACCUACUGCGACAUCAGGUACUUCACCUACUGCGACAUCAGGUACUUCACCUACUGCGAAAUCAGGUACUUCACCUACUGCGACAUCAGGUACUUCACCUACUGCGACAUCAGGGACAUGACCUACUGCGACAUCAGGUACAUGACCUACUGCGACAUCAGGUACAUGACCUACUGCGACAUCAGGUACUUCACCUACUGCGACAUCAGGUACUUCACCUACUGCGACAUCAGGUACAUGACCUACUGCGACAUCAGGUACUUCACCUACUGCGACAUCAGGUACUUCACCUACUGCGACAUCAGGUACUUCACCUACUGCGACAUCAGGUACUUCACCUACUGCGACAUCAGGUACUUCACCUACUGCAACAUCAGGUACUUCACCUACUGCGACAUCAGGUACUUCACCUACUGCGACAUCAGGUACUUCACCUACUGCGACAUCAGGGACAUGACCUACUGCGACAUCAGGGACAUGCCCUACUGCGACAUCAGGUACUUCACCUACUGCGACAUCAGGGACAUGACCUACUGCGACAUCAGGUACUUCACCUACUGCGACAUCAGGGACAUGACCUACUGCGACAUCAGGGACAUGACCUACUGCGACAUCAGGUACUUCACCUACUGCGACAUCAGGUACUUCACCUACUGCGACAUCAGGUACUUCACCUACUGCAACAUCAGGUACUUCACCUACUGCGACAUCAGGGACAUGACCUACUGCGACAUCAGGUACAUGACCUACUGCGACAUCAGGUACAUGACCUACUGCGACAUCAGGUACAUGACCUACUGCGACAUCAGGUACUUCACCUACUGCGACAUCAGGUACUUCACCUACUGCGACAUCAGGUACUUCACCUACUGCGACAUCAGGUACUUCACCUACUGCGACAUCAGGGACAUGACCUACUGCGACAUCAGGUACUUCACCUACUGCGACAUCAGGGACAUGACCUACUGCGACAUCAGGUACUUCACCUACUGCGACAUCAGGUACAUGACCUACUGCGACAUCAGGUUCUUCACCUACUGCGACAUCAGGUACUUCACCUACUGCGACAUCAGGUACUUCACCUACUGCGACAUCAGGUACUUCACCUACUGCGACAUCAGGUACUUCACCUACUGCGACAUCAGGUACUUCACCUACUGCGACAUCAGGGACAUGACCUACUGCGACAUCAGGGACAUGACCUACUGCGUCAUCAGGUACAUCACCUACUGCGACAUCAGGUACUUCACCUACUGCGACAUCAGGUACAUGACCUAUUGCGACAUCAGGUACAUGACCUACUGCGACAUCAGGUACUUCACCUACUGCGACAUCAGGUACUUCACCUACUGCGACAUCAGGGACAUGCCCUACUGCGACAUCAGGUACUUCACCUACUGCGACAUCAGGUACUUCACCUACUGCGACAUCAGGGACAUGACCUACUGCGACAUCAGGUACUUCACCUACUGCGACAUCAGGGACAUGACCUACUGCGACAUCAGGGACAUGACCUACUGCGACAUCAGGUACUUCACCUACUGCGACAUCAGGUACUUCACCUACUGCGACAUCAGGUACUUCACCUACUGCGACAUCAGGUACUUCACCUACUGCGACAUCAGGGACAUGACCUACUGCAACAUCAGGUACAUGACCUACUGCGACAUCAGGUACAUGACCUACUGCGACAUCAGGUACUUCACCUACUGCGACAUCAGGUACUUCACCUACUGCGACAUCAGGUACUUCACCUACUGCGACAUCAGGUACUUCACCUACUGCGACAUCAGGUACUUCACCUACUGCGACAUCAGGUACUUCACCUACUGCGACAUCAGGUACUUCACCUACUGCGACAUCAGGUACAUGACCUACUGCGACAUCAGGUUCUUCACCUACUGCGACAUCAGGUACUUCACCUACUGCGACAUCAGGUACUUCACCUACUGCGACAUCAGGUACUUCACCUACUGCGACAUCAGGUACUUCACCUACUGCGACAUCAGGGACAUCACCUACUGCGACAUCAGGGACAUCACCUACUGCGACAUCAGGGACAUGACCUACUGCGACAUCAGGGACAUGACCUACUGCGUCAUCAGGUACAUCACCUACUGCGACAUCAGGGACAUCACCUACUGCGACAUCAGGGACAUGACCUAG